CUCACCUCAACUCUCCCCACUCCUCUCAUCAUCACCCUCUUCCUAAAAAAAAACCCAACCCUAAUUUGAAGCUUCAGCACCCUAAUCUCGAUCCAAAAUUCUCUCUGUUAUCUUCAGCACCCUUAAUCGACCCUUAAUGUGAAGCCCGUGUGAGAUGACCCAGAAAAGGAAGGUGAAGAUGCAGUACCGGAAGCGAUUGGAAUCGUCACCUGAAGAGACGCCAUGGAGAAGGAUGUCGGCGAGAGGUCUGAUUUAUUUGAAUGCACGGUUUUUUUACUUUUUCGUUUUCCCAUUGUUGCACGGUAGUAUUCUCAUCCAUAAAAAUGACAUGUUUAUAUAAAGGAUUGACUAUUACGAUUUUUAACAUUUUUUCGAUUUCAUUAUUUCUGCAUUUUUCCUUAUUUUAAUUUGAAUGAUGUAUGCACAAUUAAAUUAGUUCGAAUUCGAGACACGGACCAAUAAAAAUAAAAAUAAUUCUUUAUAUCAAAGUUAGUGUUCUAUUUCGAAUUGGAAGGCUUAAUUAAGAAUAAAACUAAUAGUUCUCAUAUAAUAGAACAUGACAUAAUUUAGAAAUUUCUCAGCCAGAAAAAAAAAUAGAAAAAUAAUAAUCAACAAUAAUCCGGUAGUUAUGAUGAUAAUAAUAAUAUUGUUGUUAUUAUUAUGGGUUUUGUCGGGUCACUUGGGUGGUUGUUAUUAUUUUAAUCAUCCAUAUCACAUGGCCUAAGUACAAACCUGCUCAAUUAACACUGGUGACUUCUUGCCCACCCUAUUAUUGUUCCCAGAUUCCAUAAAACAGAGAAAUUGAAGAAUAAUCUCUUCAUCCGGCUCCUGCAACAUUGAUUUUCCUUUUUCCUUCAACUCUCAAGGUCAAACUGCCAAAGUCCGUUUAAGGGCUCAGGGAAUGCAGAAAGAUGGAGUCUUUGUCUGAGAUUAAGGAAGGAGCUUAUUCUGAGCAGCCAUCCUACUUUGCAUUUGAUGAGGUUGGAAAAAUAUACAACCAUCUCAGAUUUCCUUACCUAAUGCCAGCCUUGGCUAAAUAUGUUGGAGCACAGAUUAUUCUUAUCAUGACCACUGUGAAGAUGGUUGAAAUCUUAUAGCCUGGUGAAGCAAAGGUCAACUUUAAACUUCACAACCCUAGAACCCAGACGGAGGAAGCAGCUAUUGGAACAUGAAAAUGGAGAAUAAAGGGAGCAAUGCAAUGCAACAUUAUGAAUUAGGGAAAAUGAUAGGACAAGGGAAUUUCGCCAAGGUCCACCACGCAAGAAAUCUAAAGAACGGGUCUAGUGUGGCGAUCAAGAUCAUUGAUAAGGAAAAGGUUUUCAAAGUUGGGAUGAAUGACCAAAUCCAACGAGAGAUAUCCGUGAUGAGACUAGUCAAACAUCCCAGCAUAGUUCAUCUUCACGAAGUUAUGGCCACCAAAUCCAAGAUUUACUUUGUCAUGGAGUACGUCAAAGGGGGAGAACUCUUCAACAUGGUUGCCAAAGGAAGGCUAAAAGAAGAAGUUGCAAGGAAAUAUUUCCAGCAGCUAAUAAGUGCCGUUGACUUCUGUCAUAGUAGAGGUGUUUACCACAGGGAUCUGAAACCUGAGAACCUACUGGUAGACGAGAAUGGUGAUCUAAAGGUUUCUGACUUCGGGUUGAGUGCUCUUGCAGAGUCCAGGCAUCAAGAUGGCUUACUCCACACCACAUGUGGGACUCCCGCGUAUGUUGCUCCGGAAGUGAUUACACGAAAAGGCUAUGAUGGGGCAAAAGCCGAUGUUUGGUCGUGUGGGGUGAUCUUAUUUGUUCUAUUGGCGGGAUAUCUCCCUUUCCAGGAUUCGAACUUGAUGGAGAUGUAUCGAAAAAUAAAGAAGGCAGAGUUCAAGUACCCGACGUUUUUCUCUUCGGAUGUCCGUAAGUUGAUAUCAAAGCUUUUAGAUCCAAACCCUAAAACCCGAAUUACCAUUGCCAAGAUAAUGGAGAAUUCUUGGUUCAGGAAGGGUUUGGAUAUAAGGCAAGCCAGCAAUCAAGAGCCCGAAGAGGCAAAUAAUCAAGAACCCAUAACGCUUAAAAACUUGAAUGCUUUUGAUAUCAUAUCACUCUCCUCAGGUUUUGACCUGUCUGGCUUGUUUGUGGAAAAAAAUGAUCAAAAGGGAGAAGAGAGGUUCACAUCCAGACUUCCGGCGAAAACCAUAUUCUCCAAGCUAGAAGACAUUGCUAGGCGUCUAAAGCUGAAGACAAUAAAGAAGAAAGGAGGGUACAUCAGAUUGGAAGGGACGAAGUUGGGUAGAAAAGGGGUUGUGUGCAUUGAUGCAGAAAUCUUUGAAGUGACUCCUACUUUCCAUUUGGUGGAGAUGAAGAAGUCCAAUGGGGAUACACUGGAAUAUCAGACGAUGAUGGAGAAGGAGAUAAGGCCAGCGUUGAAGGACAUCGUUUGGGCUAUGCAAGGUGAUCAGCCACGACCUGACGACCUGAGCAGCUAGAAGUACAAGUGGAGGAGGCUGCAGCUUAACUCUAUGGAUUCAAUACCUAAGCUGUUGAUUUGUGUGAUUAAAUAGCAUUGAUUUGGUGAUCAGGCUUGGUAGCUGAUACGUGCAGUCUUUGUUUUCUGGCCAUUGCAUUUUGUGCUCAUUUAUAGGGACUAUUAUCACAUUAAUAUAAUUGGUGCAUGUUAACUCCAUUGUAAAAUCCCUACCUUGCCCCAACGUCCAU